AUGGCUAUUUGGGUGUUUGGCUACGGCUCACUGGUAUGGCGGCCUGGCUUCGCUUUCGCUGCGCGCGUGCCGGGGCACAUAUGCGGCUACCGACGUGUCUUCUACCAAGGCAACACGGACCACAGAGGCACGCCGGAGAAACCGGGGAGGACAGUGACGCUGGUAGAAGAGGAAGACGCCGUUACUUACGGUGUGGCGUAUCGCCUGGCAGGGCAGGAGAAAGAGCAGCGGGAGAUUCUCCAGUAUCUGAGGCACCGGGAGAAGGAGUAUGACCAGCAGGUCAACAUCGACUUCCAUACAGAGCCGUCAGCCGCCCACCCUCCUGUCAUCCAAGUCAUGGUCUUCAUUGCUUCGGACAACCCAGUUUCCAACCCCUACUACCUCGGCCCUGCUCCCCUCGAAGCCAUGGCACGGCAGAUAGCGACAGCGCAUGGACCGUCAGGACCCAACUCAGAGUACCUCUUGAACCUGCAGGCCGCACUCAGAGACUUGGGUGCGUGCGACCCCCAUGUGGAUGCCCUGGCAGCACUCGUGACCACCAUGCUACCCUACACUACCACCGCUACCACCACCAGCAGCAGCAGCACCACCACCACCACCACCACAGUUCCUGCAGCUGCCAUCACCACAGCUACAGCUGCCAAUACCGUUGCUGCCACCAGCACUGCUGUCAGCGAUCUCUGUGUUGGAGUGCCGUCAUGUGCGCACCAUCGUGCACACACCCACGAGACCACAAGUGCUGCUGCUGACCAACCAUGCACAUGCAGUGAGGCACAGACACAAGGGUACACAGCAGCAGUGGGAUUGGUAGUGGAUGCUGCUGUUGCACGUAUGGUAGGGCAUGAGACGCUUGCACUCCAAAUGAGGCUCAACCCACAAGCAAUCAUACCGUAA